AUGGUUGCGACAGAUGACAUAGCCAGAAAAAACCUGCAAGAGAUUAUGAGGCGCGUCAACGUUAAUGUCCUGAAGAAGAUUCCCGAAACCACAUUCGCCGAGCUGAAGGCCCUGAAUAAUUGGGACCCGGAAAAGGUGAAAUACGAAUGGCGACUGGAACAAAAGCGACAAUUGUCGGUGAGGGAGACGGAAGUGCAAGCGAAGUUGGUGAAAAAGGCCGAUCCGCCUCCAAAACCGUUUGGGACACAGCGACAAGAAAUGCUGAGGCCACUACACGAAAAAGCCCGGCAGAUGAGCUUUUUGACUUAUGUAGACCGGAAAGCGAUGGCCGACCAAACCGGACUGAGAUGGGAGCAGAUUGACAAAACGUUCAAGCAGCUGGACAAAAAGCAGCCGAUCAAGCCUGUCGUCGGCUUCAAAUGGCCCGAGCCUCCGGACUACUUUCGUCGAAGUGACCUCGUUUUUCACUUUGAAACGCUGGAUUGCAUCUUAGGGCAAAUUUACAACGAGGCGGACCCGAAAACCAGACAAGAAAUCAGCGAGGUGAUGAACCAACGGCCGGGCGGCUGGGCACGUGAAGACAUGGAAAAGUUGGCCCGCGAGCGAUGGGGGAUCAGUGGUGUGGAGAUCCGCAGCGAAUGGUUUCACCAGGUAAAAAUCUAUCCACACCUCGUAUCAACCAAGAAACCCGGCGGGCUGGUAUUUUCCGAUGCCGAGCAACGAGAGGCCCUGCAAAAGCUCAUGAAACGCGACAACGUUAAGCAACGCGAGAAAAUUCCUAAAAACACGUUAGGAGAGCUGAAAUUUGUUAAUGAUUGGGAUCCUGAAAGGGUGAAAUAUGAAUGGGAGAUGGAAAAAAGGCGGCAAUGGUCUAGGAAAAGCGAGGAAGCGAAAGCUAAGAACAGGCCAUCCGCGACGCAGGCAAUCGGGGCUCGACGCCAAGAAAUGCUGAAGCCGCUACACGAGCAAGCCCGAAAGAUGAGCUUCUUGACCAUGCAAGACAGGCAACUAAUGGAAGCAAAAACCGGAUUGACCUGGGAUCAGAGUUGUCUGUCG